AUAGGACUCCUUUGUCCUACUAGCUCAACACCACGCUUUGCCAUCUCAUUGAAACUCCAACCAUUUUAAAACGGAAAAAAUAACUGUCUUUUUGGUACGUUUGCUAGACUCUUUCCCAUUAUUAAAGGCUCUUCAAAAAAAGUAUCGCUGCUUUAGGGACUCAAUAGUCGCGACGGUAGUCAAAUUACUUUUUUUUUUUUGGGGUAAGAAACGUCCGACACUCAUCAAUCUAGUAUACUGAGUAUUUUCGGUAGAAAAGUUGAUUCACUUUUCUAAUUGUUAUUGACGGUUUAUUUUCGCCCAAAGAAGGAAGUAAGAAGACUUGGGUUCGUUGAGUUCAAGUUGCUUCGUGACACUUUCUUUCUCUCAUUUUUCUUUUUAUUGAAAAUUAUUGAUAACACGAAUUAUUAUUUAUCUAUAUUCGUUGAAAUCGAGAGCAGGUUUCGUUCAUUACUCGCAAAGGAUCAUUUACGAAAUCCAUUGCAUCCAUAUUUUGCUUUCCAUUAAUUCCUGACUAAAAUCUGGUUUGUCAGAGUUUCAAAUAGACGAAUCAGAAAAACUAUUGGAAAUUUUUCCCUUAUUCCCUUAUUUAUUUCUCUCUUAUUUAACACCUUGUCUUUUUUUUCCAUUAGAAGACCGGCUUGUUUUUAUUUUUUUUUAUUUAAAAAAAAAGGAAAAGUUAGUCGCUUUGCGUUUGCUUUUUCGCCUUACACGCAUUACAAUUUCUGGCAAAUUGAUUCUACAUUGAGUUGUUUUUUUUUUGGGCAAGAUUCAAACGAAAGGGUAUAAAAGGAGAUAUUACCAAGAGUUGAUCUUGUUUUAAAAAUAAGUCCCAUUGGAAUAUCUUUUCUAUAGUACACAUUUUCUACUCUUUUGCCCAAUACGUCGUUCCCCAAUCCUUUUGGUGCUUCUUUCAGAAGCUACUCCAACGCUGUGGUGGAAUACUCCAAUCCUUAUAUUUGGCAAAAUCGGCCUAUCGUUUUAAAGCUCAUCGAUACUGGAGCCAAGAAUCAUUGGUUAGAAAGUGUAUCGGACGAAGAGGAUUCUCUAUCGACUGAUAUCGAUUCUUCCCAAGAAGCUGUUGACACCGUAACUACUGCUCGCCAUUCAUUUUCGUAUCCUCUUUCCAACGUAAACUCUAUCCCAGUGACAGAUUUUUUUCAUUCUACUGAUGAGCAUGAAAACAUGUCUUUAGAUGAACAUGAAAGCAAACCCGUACUUGAGGAUUUUGAUACUGAAAUAGACGAUAUCGCUCAGGAAGCAAAUGGAAAUAUUUUAAAAGAAGAUGAAGAUAAAAAAGAAGAAGAAUAUCAUGAUUCUGAUGAAAGUGAGGAAUCUGAAGAGUCUUUACCCAACCAAGGUAGUCACCGUCGUCGUCGUCGCUCGCAGUCUGUUGCUGCGAAUAAACGUAUUCACGAUGCUUUCCAACAUGACCAGGAGGAUUAUGGUGGUGAGGAUUAUCAACCCACGGCUAAACGGAGACUGAGAAAUCGUGUUGCAAGCGACGAGGAUGAACCGUUCGUUGCUUCCGCUUCUGAAGAAGAUUUGUCUGAUACGGAUGAUUCCCUGGUACAAUCUGCUAGAACCAGAAGAUCUUUACGACAAGGAACACGACGUUCUACUCGCUUACGAACUCAAAGACACGAUGAAGAUUCCGACGAAGAGAUUCAUCGUCCAACUUUGCGUGAGAGAACUAGUCGCGUUAAUUAUAGCGUUCCUCUCUCAUUUCCUCCGGUGGAAGAUCAGGAAGGUGAAGGAGCUUCCUUUAACCAAAGCAGAAAUAGAAAGACACAUUCUGAAGUUGCUGUUGCAAAUUUACUACGAAAUCAAGUCUCUAGUUUUAUGCCCUACAUUGACUCUAGCGGGUCUGAAUCCGAGAGCGAUAGUACAAGAGUAAAGCGUUCUUCUGCAAAAACUGUGAAAGCAUUAACCGAUUCUACGGGUGCUGGAGGACCUCCAAAUUAUGGUCGUGUAAAAGAGAAAAGCGAUUUGGCUGACUCGGAUCCUCUCGGCGUGGAUUCUUCUCUUUCAUUUGAAUCUGUUGGUGGUUUAGAUAAUCAUGUUAAUCAACUGAAAGAAAUGAUUAUGCUUCCUCUUCUUUAUCCAGAGAUUUUUCAGACCUUUAACAUGCAACCACCACGCGGUGUGUUAUUUCAUGGCCCCCCAGGUACUGGUAAAACCUUAUUGGCAAGAGCGCUGGCCGCUGCUUGCUCUUCUGAAGAUAAAAAAGUGUCUUUUUAUAUGCGAAAAGGUGCCGAUUGUUUAAGUAAAUGGGUUGGUGAAGCUGAACGUCAAUUACGCCUUCUGUUUGAAGAGGCCAAAAGCACUCAACCGAGUAUCAUAUUCUUUGAUGAGAUUGAUGGUCUUGCUCCUGUUCGAUCUAGUAAGCAGGAACAGAUCCAUGCCUCUAUUGUAUCUACUCUCCUGGCCCUGAUGGAUGGCAUGGAUGGCCGAGGCCAGGUCAUUAUUAUUGGUGCUACUAAUAGGCCAGAUGCUGUUGAUCCUGCUCUACGAAGGCCUGGACGCUUUGAUCGUGAGUUUUAUUUUCCUUUACCAGAUAGAGAAGCAAGAAAAAAGAUUAUUCAGAUUCAUACUCGGAGCUGGAAAGUUCCUACACCAGAAUGGCUCUGUGAUUUACUUGCCGAGAGGUCAAAAGGCUACGGUGGUGCUGAUCUUCGUGCUCUCUGUACUGAAGCCGCUUUGAAUUCCAUCAAGCGAACGUAUCCUCAGCUGUAUAGAAGUUCAAAAAGACUACAAUUUGAUCCUAAUACGAUCCAAGUUAAGGUGAAAGACUUUGCUUUGUCAAUGAAGAGGAUUAUUCCCUCCACCGCCCGCUCUUCAUUAGCUUUUAACAAGCCUUUACCUGCUGAAGUGAAGCCUUUAUUAGAAGAUACUUUGGAUCGUAUACUUUCGUAUCUUGGCAGAAACAUGCCUAUUCCUCCCAAGGUCAAUAUUUUGGAAGAAGUGAUGUUUGACGACCCUGGAGAAGACAACUUUGAUUACCAACAACAGUUAGAGCAAUUUGAAAAGCUGAGGAUCUAUAAGCCAAGGCUUCUGAUUUGUGGAAGAAAAGGGUUAGGUCAGGUUUCUCUGGGACCUGCUAUCUUGCAAUUUUACGAAGGCGUCCAUGUUCAAUCCUUUGAUAUGUCAGCUCUGUUGCAAGACUCAACUCAAAGCAUAGAAACUUCCAUUAUUCAAUUAUUUACUGAAGUUCGUCGACAUACGCCUAGCGUUAUCUAUAUUCCUGACGUUGACAGCUGGUUGAAUGUUCUUCCACCUUCAGCUAGCACUACGUUUUCCUCAUUGCUUGAGCGACUAGAUUUCUCUGACCAAGUUUUAUUUCUUGCACUUUCAGGGAGUCCGCGAAAGGAAUUACAUCCUCAGCUCAAAGAGUGGUUCCCAAAGCAAUCAGUGGUAGAGUUGCAAUAUCCGUCUCGUAAAAAUAUUGAGAAGUUCUUUCAACCAAUUAUCGACCUUAUAAGUACUUCACCUCAAAAAUUACCAGGUGGGCUUCCAAGAAAGAGGAGAAUCCUUCCUGAAUUGCCGUUAGCUCCCACUCCUGCUCCUGUCACGGGAGUUAAAACUAAUUUGAAGCAGACGAAGCAAGCCGAUAUGAGGUUGUUAAAUAAGCUUAAGGUUAAAUUGAACGCACUCUUGUCAAAUUUACGUACAAGAUAUCGUAAAUUCAAAAAGCCUCUGAUAGACUAUAACGAUAUAUUUUGUGUUGAUCCUGAAACAGGUCAUUCAUAUCGCAAACGGGAAGAGUGCAAUUUUGAAUUGGUCGAUGAAGAGGUUCGUAAAAUUGACACCAAUCAAAAGUUCAGCAUGAUGAGUUUAGAAGAAGUUGAGAAACGUGUCUGGGACAAUUGCUACUGGACUCCAAAAGACUUUGUUCGUGACAUAAAGCUCAUUCUCCGUGAUGCUCUGCGUUUAGGAGACAAUGAAACUGUGAAGCGUGCACAAGAAAUGUAUGCUAACGUCUUACUGGGAUUAGAAGACAUGGAUGACGAACAGUUUUCUCAAAAAUGUGAGCGUAUGGCGAUUCGUGAAGAAGAACGAAGGAAGUUAAGAGAAAAUAAAUUAAGAAAGCAUUUGGAUGCCACGAAAGCUACAAUGCAGCUUCCUGAAGAUCAACAAGAGCAACACGUAGAAAGCAAUGCUGAAAUAGACGAUUCAACGGAACAGCCAUCUGACAUGUUAAUGGAAACUUUAACGAAUAUGCCUAUUGAUAAUUUGAGCUCUAAAAAUGAAGUAAGAGAAGACCAAUUUAAAGAUGUGUAUCUACAACCGUCGAUUAUGUCGGUGCCUAACUCAUUUAUUGAAAAAGUAGACGAAGACAGAGUCUCACCGGAAAAUAUAUCGGAGAAUGGAAGACAACCAGAUGAGGACACACUGAAGAAUGGUAUCUCUUCUUUUACGGAUCGUUCAAAGUCUGUUGGGAUUACAGAACAGAAUAAUAAUGUAAUGCACGGUGAAAAAGCUGACUUCGAAAAUCAAGUGGAAGAGGAGAAGCCCCCAGAACUAUUACUCGAUGAGCGGAAACUUAUGAACCUGAAAGAUUUGUUUUUAGAAAUUUCUAGAGAUUUGACAGUUGAAGAACUAGUGCAUUUACAUGCCUCCUUAUAUAAAAUAAUUUGGGAUACAAAGAGUGUAUGGGAUAGAAAUUCCGUCAUUGACAAAUGCGCUACUGCUUUGAAAGAACUUACGGAUGAUGGUGAUGGUCUAGAGUUCGACACCUAAUGAUUUACUAAUGUCAUUUUUAAUAUAAAAUUUAAUGUCAUUUUUGUUCGUCUUCAGAAGCUAUGCUAAUUAAUUAUGGUAAAAGAAGGCAUUAGAAUAAUAUUUUUAAAUUUUUACUCUUGAUCACAUGUCGGUAGGUAAAUGAAG